AUGUCAAACAACACCAGCCCAUCUAGCGAUAUCUUCGAAUACUAUUGCGAUUCACUGGUGAAGGUGCCCCGCGAGUGGGUAGACCUCGACGAAUAUCCAAAUGAACGGGGUUUGGGGGUGAUGGACGAGCACCCGAGAGCGCUGGAUACAAUCGCCCCAAAGCAGAGGGAAUGGGUGGUUCCUGCGCUGCGGGCGUUUGAUCCGCGGUACUGGGAGCCAGUCGAUAGAGUUCUUCCUCGGAGUCUUCAGAUUGUGCCACCACCGUGGUAUAGUAGGGGGUCAUGCAAUCGAGAUCAGUCGCGACAACGACCGCUUCUCGGAUAUGAUGACGAUGGUGAAGGAGGAGGCGGCUCGCGCAGGACAACAGAUCCAUCAUACCGCAUGACAGAAGCGUAUCUUCGACAACUGCCGCCGGAUAAAGUGCAGCGGUUCUAUAGGGCGGAAUCGGUCCCGGAGGUGCUGAUCGGGCCUGAGAACUACCACGCGUGGACAGACGACAUGUGCGACAAACUCUCGCACUGCGAUGCCUGGCAGAUCAUAGUCGCCGACCUGCCCCCCGUACCAGCGCAUAGCGACUUUCACACGCGAUGGGUGCAGCUCAACCGCAAGGGGUGGAUGCUGAUCAUCGCGAACGUGUCACGCAGAAUCCGGCGCGAGCUGUGUGCGUCGUGGCCGUGGAAUGUGCACGGCGCCUGGUACCAUCUACAGCAGAUGUGUGGGAGUCCCAGGGCGCUGAUGCGGCGGUCUCUCAAGGGCGUGGGCGAAUCCAGUAUGAGGAGUGCGAGUCGCUGGAGGAGUAUAUCGACGAAAUGGCGCGGUGUAUUCGGGCAAUUGAGUGCAAUCGUCGCAGGCGAGAAGAUAACGAGUGGCUGUGGUGCCAGUUUAUUCUCGCUGGCCUAG